AUGAUACGCCCGAGCCCCUCAAUCUGCAACCGCUGUCUGGCUCGCAGCCGGCUUUUCUCAACGACCGCGCAGCAUGCCGAACAAAUCCCCAAUGCCCCCCCGCCGCCGCAAACCGGGUAUGCCCGGCUCACGAACCGCGGGCUGAUCUCCAUCACGGGCACCGACAGCACGACUUACCUCCAGGGCCUCAUCACGCAGAACAUGCUGAUCGCCAGCGACCCGUCCCGUGCUACCCGGCGCACUGGCUCGUACACGGCGUUCCUCAACUCGCAAGGCCGCGUGCUGAACGACGCUUUCAUCUACCCGUUCCCCGGCACGGACAGCAGCGACGCGGAGCCCGGGUGGCUCGUGGAGGUGGAUCGGAACGAGGUGCCGACUCUGUUGAAGCAUCUCAAGAAACACAAGCUGCGCGCGAAGCUGAAGCUCCGCGCACUCGAGGACGGCGAGCGCACCGUCUGGUCAUCGUGGAAGAACCACUCCGAGCCGCGGUGGGCUGCCUAUAACCUAGAAUCGGAUUCGGUGUCGCCCUUCUCCACAGACUCGGAGGUUGUCGCGUGCAUCGAUUCCCGUGCGCCUGGAUUGGGGUCUCGGCUCAUCACUCCUGGUUCGGACGGUCUGCGUAGCCACCUCCCGGAUGAGUCGCAGGUUGCCGGGGCCGAGGUCGGGCUGGACUCGUACACGGUGCGCCGCAUGUUGCACGGUGUUGCGGAGGGUCAGUCGGAAAUCAUUCGCGAGUCGGCCCUGCCGAUGGAAUGCAAUAUGGACAUGGGGCGCGCAAUUGAUUUCCGCAAGGGCUGCUACGUCGGCCAGGAACUGACCAUCCGCACCCACCACACGGGUGUCGUACGGAAACGCAUUCUGCCCGUUCAGCUUUACGGCGAGGGCCAGGAACCCUCCCUCGAAGCUGACCCUUCCCCGACCUACGAUCCCUUAGCCGUGCUUGCUUUGCCGCCCUCUGGUUCGAACAUCUCCAAGGCUGGUGGCCGCCGGGGUCGCAGUGCCGGCAAAUUCCUGAGUGGGAUUGGCAACAUUGGACUGGCUCUGUGCCGCCUGGAAAUGAUGACCGACAUUGCUCUCACGGGUGAAGCCACUCAAUAUACCCCUGGCAGCGAGUUCAAGGUCUCCUGGACGAAUGAGGCAGAGCAGUCUGGCGAGAUCAAACUGCAGGCCAUCAUCCCAUCCUGGACAAGAGACUUUAUUCUGUCGGGAGGAGCGCGGAAGCCCACGCCGCGGAAUUUAGACGCAGAUGGUGAAAGGGCGCGGGCUCUGGUCGAAGAAUUGGAGGAAGAAGAGUCGCACCGACGGACGGAGUAA